UAUGCGUUUUUCUUUACCAGCUGCGAUGGUGUCUCCUGCUAUCGCUCUGGCCUUCCUUCCCCUCCUGCUGACACUGAUUAUCAGGUACCGCUACUACUUUGUGCUGUUCUAUCGUGCGUUCCUGGUCAGGGCAUGGAGGGACUGUGUAACUGGUCUGACCCGAGAGGAACGUGCCUACCAGUAUAUUCUCACUCAUGCCACCCCCGGAGACCCAGAUAGUAUUCUGGAUACCUUUGAUGUCUGGUGCAGCAAGGUGGAGUUCAUCAGCAACAUUGGGCCUAAAAAAGGGAAGAUCCUGGACCGGCUGCUGACGGAGCAGAGUCCUCUGACAGUGCUGGAGCUGGGUUCCCACUGCGGGUACAACACUGUGCGGAUCGCCCGGGCCCUGCCCCUGGGUGCCAGGCUCUACAGUGUCGAGAUGGACCAGACGAACGCUGCCAUCAGUGAGAAAAUCAUCCGCCUGGCCGGGUUUGACGAUGACACAGUGGAGCUCAUUGUGAACCCAUCUGAUGAGGUGAUCCCUAAGCUGCGGUCUGAUUAUGGUGUGGAAAGGCUUGAUUUUGUCUUCAUGGACCACUGGAAGAAAUGCUACGCACCUGAUCUGCAGAUGCUGGAGGGCUCUGGUCUGCUGGGAAAAGGAUCCAUGAUCGUGGCCGACAACGUGCUGUUCCCUGGGGCUCCAAAAUUCCUCAGACACAUUCGCAAGAGCGGUCUAUAUCAGUGGAAGGUCCACCGGGCCACACUGGAGUACAGCAAAGGCAUCAGGGACGGGAUGGCUGAGCUGGUGUAUCAGGGCAUCAAGUAGAUCAUGCAGACUGGGAUAUCACACACUGUUACCCAGAUACACAUUUUUGGAGUGGGAGUUGGUGAAUUGAUGAUGGUAUAGCCCGUGUUAAAACACGUUUUAAAUAGAGAUUAAAGAAAGGUUGCAAAAAAAGAUGAUGGUAAAUUCUUCUCUAAAACAUUACUUUCAGCUGUAGCAUCUCAGUGAAAGAAAAAAGAAAUUGUAAUCAUUUAGUAACCCCUUGUGCGACCACUAGUCUGCCAGGGAUCUUUGUCAUU